CGCGCCCCUUCUGCACGCAUCUCUCUCUCUCUCUCUCUCUCUCUCUCACUCUCUCUCUGCCUCUCAGCAAAGGGCGAUAUCAGCGGCACCACUGUCACUUUCAAACGACCACACAGGGACAUGUACUGACGCGGAGGACGCAUCGAAACCUGCUCUCCAAGGCGGCAUAUUGAUUCAAGCAUCACUUUGGUGGAUUAUUAUUUAUUGUCAACAAAAAAAGUCAACGAUGGAGGAAUCCAGCUCACAGAAGUUGGUUUGGGACGGCGACGCUAAAGCGGUGCAGCAGUGUCUAACGGAUAUAUUCACCAGUGUCUACACCACAUGUGACAUUCCAGAAAAUGCCAUUUUCGGGCCUUGUGUUUUGAGCCACACGUCGUUGUAUGACAGCAUAGCCUUCGUAGCGCUCAAAUCAACGGACAAACGAACGGCGCCAUACAUAUUCAGGGUGGACACGUCAGCAGCCAACAGCACGUCUGAGGGCUUGAUGUGGCUGCGGCUCGUGCAGUCGGCGCGGGACCGGGACGAGCAGAACCUCGAGGCCUACGUGAAGAACGGUCAGCUGUUCUACCGGUCUCUCCGGAGGAUCGAGAAGGACGAGGAGCUGUUGGUCUGGUACGGGAAAGACCUGAUUGAGCUGCUGCUGCUGCUCAGCGCCGGUAAAGCGCCGGUCAAGGCCAAGGGGUCGGCUCCCUAUUCGUGUCCUGACUGCAACCAGCGCUUUCAAUUCGAGUUCCCUUUCCUCGCCCACCUGAGGUUCCGCUGCACCAAGAGACUACAGAGCAUGGCGGCGGGCGAUGUGGACGAGGAGGUCCCCAGUAAGGAGCCAAGCACCGAGCGCCCUAACCCCAACCUUACAACUACCACACCCACCAGGGCAAGCCCUAAACUGGGUCGCUCGGAGGGGGACAACACCAAACCCUCCACAGACUUCCAUAACCUAGCCAGGGACCUAGAGAACAGCCGGACUAGCCCACCCAGCGACCGCGAGGCUGAGAUACGCAGCGAGAGCUCUGGGAAGAGGAAGUUCUCAGAGGUAGAGGACAGGGAUAGAGAGAGGGACAGGGAUGGUAGCAGGGCCUCUCUGAGUCUGUCUCAGUCCCUCAAGUCUAAGGAGGAGCUGGCUAGCUCGGCACAGAACUACCGGGGAGCCUACGGCCUGGAGGAGAACAGACGAGGGCCUACGUUCUCCCCACCAGGGUCGGGAUCCACUGAGUCAGGUGGUGAGGGUAAACGCAGCGCCUUCACCGAGGUCAAGAAGUCUCCACAGAGCCUAAAGACGCACGGUAACAGCAGCACCAAAAACCUCCAGAGCUCCAACGCCGAAAACAAGGACGGAGGUCGGCCCGGCCCCGUCAACAACCCUCCCCAGGAGAAGCAUCUUAACAUCAGGCAGGUUCUGUCGGAGACUCAGCCUGUCCAGCCACAGACCCGCAUGGAGGCCUCUCCGCUAGGGAGCGCCUUCACCUCCGUAGCCCAGCAUGGUGGGGGGAACAGUGGAGAGAGGAAGAGCGCAUUCAGCCAACCCUCCCGCCACGCUACCUCCUCCUUCUCCCAGAUCUCUCCUCUGGUCAUGACCACGCCUAAACUGCUGGACUGCCACCCGGCGGUGGGCGACACCAUCUCCUCCUCUAGACUCUACCAGGCAGACCACCUGGCCGCCAAACUCCACAGCGCCGAGCUGAGCACCAACUGCCCCGUGCCGGGCGCCAUGUCCAAGCAGAGCCCGUUCCUCUACGCAGCGGCUGCUGCCACAGCCUUCUGGCCUAAGAGCCAGGGCCCCAUCCAGCUGCAGAUGCCCUCAGCAUUAACCUUACUCCCCCCCUCCUUCACCUCUCUGUGUCUGCCCGCCCAGAACUGGUGCGCCAAGUGCAACGCCUCCUUCAGGAUGACCUCUGACCUGGUGUAUCACAUGAGGUCGCACCACAAGAAGGAGUUGGCCAUGGAGCCGAUGGUUAAGAGGAGGCGUGAGGAGAAACUCAAGUGUCCAAUCUGUAACGAGUCGUUCAGGGAGAGGCACCACCUCUCGCGUCACAUGACCUCCCACAACUGACCUUUAGAUCAAUAGCAAACCGUUUUCACACUGCUAGGCCAAGCUGAACUGAGCCAAGCUGAACUGAGCCAAGCUGAGCUGAGCCAAGCUGAGCUGGGUUACGGACUUGCAUCCGAUGAAGGAAACCUUUUCCACAAAGGACACUGUGUAAAGAAAAUACUGUAGCCGAGCCAGCACAGUAUGGCUCGGUCAUCCAUGAAGUUACUGGGACAGAGCAUAAAGGACAAUUGGAAGAUCAUAUACCCGAGCCAAUUCAGCACAGUACGGUUUGGGUCGGCAAUAUAGUGGGAAAAGGUUAUCACAUCACUGACCAUGGGGAGGAACUUUUUUACCAUCUGGUAAACAGACAUGGAAUUACUAACUGACUGACUGACUGACUGACUGACUGGCUGACUGGCUGACUGACUGACAGGCUGACUGGCUGGCUAGCUGACUGACUGGCUGGCUGGCUGGCUAGCUGACUGACUGACUGACUGGCUGACUGGCUAACUGACUGGCUAGCUGACUGGCUGACUGACUGGCAGACUGACUGACUGGCUGACUGACUGGUUGACUGGCUGACUGACUGGCAGACUGACUGGCUGGCUAGCUGACUAGCUGACUGGCUGGCUGGCUGACUGACUGGCUGCCUGGUUGACUGGCUGACUGGCUGGCUGACUGGCUAGCUGACUGGCUGACUGACUGGCUGACUGACUGGCUAACUGACUGGCUGAUCGGCUGGCUGACUGACUGGCUGACUGGCAGACUGACUGACUGGCUGACUGGCUGACUGGCUAGCUGACUGACUGGCUAGCUGGCUGACUGGCUGACUGGCUGGCUGACUGGCUAGCUGACUGACUGACUGGCUGACUGACUGUCUGACUGACUGGCUGACUGACUGGCUGGAUAUACACCACUUAAACAGAGCACUUGUUUCCACUUUCAACACAGACAGUUGUUAUUUUCCUUCAGUCUGUUUUUUUUUCUUUUUCAAAAUGUCAUGUUUCUUUAUUUGAGUGUAUGCAAAUGCAUUUUUUGACUUUGAGAAAGGACUAUUUAUCUUAUGAAGCACUUACAAUUUGGGAAAUAAGGGAAGAUAAGAAUAUGUGUAAUUUAAAUGUACAGUAAGUUGUAUUUUAUAUUAUAUAAAUACAUAUAUAGAAAAUGAUAAUAAAAAAUAGUUACAUUACAUGGUUUAGUAUUCAAUAACUUUUUUCCCCCAUGUUUCACUUUAAAGGUUAAAUAUUAUUGACACAAAUGGGGAUGUGACGUCAGACACACUGACUAUAUUUCAGAGUGCAGAGUAUAAUAAAAGUCGAUAUAAAUAAGAUGAAGAUUAUACAGGUACAAUGUAAAUACAUGUUUGUUUUUUUUGGUUUGAAAUACAAAGUGUGAUAUUUUGUGUCAGUGGGGAAUAGUUUCAGGGUUUUGUCCUUCAUGCUGAAAUCAGUGAAAUGUACGACUUGAUAGUUUAUCUGAAUCAUGUUGAAUGCUUUGACAAUAAAAUAGCUUUAUUUUCA